AUGCAACGGCACUAUAACUUCCGACGUUCUUCGUCCCUCAGACCUAUCAGUGCCACCAAUCUCCGAUCACAUUUCUCCGACGUUACCCCUCAAAACACCCAGAGUUGCUAUAGCACCAUCGCCUCCUCUUCCUCUUCACAAUCACCAUGGUUCCCCUUCAUCCGCACUGCCAUUGCUCGAAACGACUUGUCAUUCGGAAAGUCCACUCACGCUCUAAUCAUAACUCAUGGGCACACCACAUCAGACCGAUUCCUCACCAAUAAUCUCAUCAACAUGUAUUCAAAAUGUGGCGCUCUCCCUUCUGCCCGCCGGCUGUUCGAUGAAAUGCCUCAACGAGACCUUGUCACAUGGAAUUCGAUUUUAGCAGCCUACGCUUCUAGCUGCGAUUCCCAUCCAGGUAACGUCGAAGAGGGUUUUCGUCUUUUUAGGCUUCUUCUCAGAUCAUCUGAUGUUUCGCUCACAAAGCUGACUUUCGCCCCCGUUUUGAAGCUAUGUUUGAUGUCAAGUUACGUUUGGGCAUCAGAAUGUGUUCAUGGUUACUCUGUGAAAAUUGGUUUGGAAUCGGAGGUGUUCAUUUCUGGAGCUCUUGUCAACAUUUAUACAAAGUUUGACAAAGUAAGGGAGGCAAGAAUGGUGUUCGAUGAAAUGCCUGAACAUGAUCGGGAUGUGGUCUUAUGGAAUGUGAUGCUGAAAGCAUAUGUAAAAUCAGGACUUCAAGAAGAAUCAUUCCAUUUUUUAUCAGAUUUUCAUCGAAACGAAUUUGUAUGUCCAGACAUUGGAAGUCUGCAAUGCUUUCUUAAUGGAUUUUCUGAAGAAGAUGAUAGUUCCAAGAACUAUAAGGAUCAAGUGCAAGGAUAUGCUAUUAAGUUAUCUUUCACCAAUGAAGAUGACACUUCUCUAAAUGUAAUAUCUUGGAAUAAAACCAUGUCCCAUUAUCACCAAUCUGGAAACCAUUCAUCUGCUAUCAAAUCUUUCCUUGAUAUGAAUCGAUCAAAUGUGAGAAAUGAUGAAGUGACAUUCAUUGUCUCCCUUUCUACUGUGGUUGCACUUCAUGAUCCAAAACUAGGGCAACAGAUUCAUUGUAUGUCUAUAAAACCUGGUUUUGAAACCAAUGUUAAUGUUUCCAAUAGUCUUAUUAACAUGUAUUCAAAAACGGGUUGUUUAACAUCAGCAAGAAAAGUAUUCUUUCACAUGGAGGAAACCGACAUUGUUUCAUGGAACUCAAUGAUAAACAGUUAUGUACAAAGUGGAUUAAUGGAAGAAUCUGUUAAAUUAUAUAUCAAGCUCUUACACAAUGGACUAAAGCCUGAUAAUUUCACAUUAGCAAGUGUAUUAAGAGCAUGUUCUUCACUUUUAACUGAUCAAAAUCAUGCAUACACAAUCAAAACUGGACUUGAAAACGACACUUUUGUUUCCACAUCACUUAUUGAUUCAUACUCUAGAAAUGGUAGAACAAAUGAAGCAAAGUUUCUGUUUUUAGAUAAAAGUGAAUUCGAUUUGGCGUCAUGGAAUGCUAUGGUGUUUGGAUUUAUAAGUAGUGGGAAUAGUCAUGAAGCAUGGGAGCUUUUUACUCAAAUGCACAAAAACGGAAAGAAACCAGAUGAGAUCACAUUGGCAACUAUGUGUAAAGCUUCUUCAUUUUUAGUAAGUUCAAAACACGGGAAACAGAUUCAUGGGUAUGCUCUAAAACAUGGUGUUGAUCAAGAUUUGUAUCUUAGUAGCAGCCUUCUUGAUAUGUAUAUAAAAUGUGGUGACAUGAUAGAUGCCCAUAAAGUGUUCGAUGAAAUGCCAACUCCAGAUGAUGUAGCUUGGACUUCUAUUAUAUCAGGAUGUGUAGAAAACAGUGAUGAAGAUCGUGUUUUUUUAAUCUACCAUAAAAUGAGACAAUCUGGUGUAUUUCCUGAUGAAUUUACCUUUGCGACCCUAAUCAAAGCAAGCUCUUUAACAACUUCAUUAGAACAAGGCAAACAAAUACAUGCGAAUGCAAUAAAGUCAGAUUGUGUUCUUGACACUUAUGUCAACACAUCACUCAUUGACUUUUAUGCAAAAUGUGGUAACAUAGAAGAAUCUUAUCAAUUAUUUAAAAGAACACGUGUCCAAAAUAUUGUUAUAUGGAACGCAAUGUUAGUAGGUUUAGCUCAAUAUGGACAUGGAAAACAAGCUCUUGAACUUUUCAAUGAAUUAAAAUCCAUCGCUAAUUUGUCACCUGAUAAAGUCACCUUUAUCGGUGUUCUUUCCGCAUGUAGUCACUCGGGUUUGAUUCAAGAAGCUUAUAAACAUUUCAACGCAAUGAUUGAAAAUUACGGAAUUACCCCUGACAUCGAACACUACUCGUGUCUUGUCGAUUGUCUUGGACGAGGUGGACGUCUUCUAGAAGCCGAGAAACUGAUUGAAUCCAUGCCAUUUCAACCUUCCGGAUCAAUGUAUCGAGCUUUACUUAAUGCUUGUAAGCUUCAAGGCGACAUGAAAACAGGAAAAAGUGUCGCGAAAAAGCUUCUAGAAUUGGAGCCAUUUGAUGCUUCUGCUUAUGUGCUUUUGUCGAAUAUAUAUGCGGGUUUGAAUCAAUGGAGUGAAGUUGCGGAUUCUAGGAGAAUGAUGAUGAUGAAGAAUGUGAAGAAAGAUCCGGGGUUUAGUUGGAUUAAUGUGAAAAGAAAAGCUCAUGUUUUUGUUGUGGAUGAUAGAUCACAUUUAGAAAGUGAGAAGAUAUAUGAAAAGGUGGAGGAUUUGGUGAAGUUGAUUAAGGAAGAAGGGUAUGUUCCUGAUACAGAUUAUGUGUUGCUUGAUGUUGAAGAAGAGGAAAAAGAGAGGUCUUUGUAUUAUCAUAGUGAGAAGUUGGCGAUUGCUUUUGGGUUGAUGAGUUUGGAUGAAUGUGUGACGAUUAGAGUGAUAAAGAAUCUUAGGGUUUGUGGGGAUUGUCAUAAUGCGAUAAAGCAUGUGUCGAAAGUGUUUGGGAGAGAGAUUGUGGUUAGAGAUGCUAAUCGGUUUCAUAGGUUUAGUAAUGGAGUAUGCUCUUGUGGUGAUUAUUGGUGA